CUUUAAGAGAAGCCCCGCCCCCACGCCUGGGCGCGACCAUUUCUGCAGGGGCGGGGGGGGAGUUGGGAAGUGAACGGCCGGUUAUCGCGAGAGCGGCUCAGGCCAAGAUGGCGGAAGAGGAGGUUGCUAAGCUGCAGAAACACCUGGCACUUCUCCGUCAGGAGUACGUGAAAAUGCAACAGAAGCUGGCAGAAACGGAGAAGAGAUGUACUAUGCUCGCAGCCACAUCUACCGUAGAAAAUUCCAGUGACUCCUUUGUUUGCCGACUUCUGUCUAUUGUGUCUGAGCUUUAUCAGCAAGAACAAUACAGUGACCUGAAAGUGAAGGUUGGGGAAAAGUACAUCAAUGUUCACAAGUUUGUGUUGGCAGCACGCAGUGAUACCUGGAGCCUGGCAAAUCUUGCUUCUACCAAUGAACUUGACCUGUCAGAUGCAGAUCCAGAAGUAACUAUGGCAAUGCUCCGAUGGAUUUACACGGAUGAACUUGAACUGAAGGAGGAUGAUGUAUUCCUCACUGAACUAAUGAAAUUAGCUAAUAGAUUUCAGCUAUAUCUCCUCCGAGAAAGGUGUGAAAAAGGAGUCAUGUCACUAGUUAAUGUUAGGAACUGUAUUCGGUUCUAUCAGACUGCAGAGGAGCUAAAUGCAACUACGUUGUUGAACUACUGUUCUGAGAUUAUUGCCAGCCAUUGGGAUGAUCUGCAGAAAGAUGAUUUCAGUAGCAUGACUGCCCCUUUGCUGUAUAAAAUGAUUAAAUCAAAGACCGAAUACCCUUUGCAUAAAGCCAUCAAAGUCGAAAGAGAAGAUGUUGUAUUUCUCUACCUCAUUGCGACGGACUCCCAGUUGCCUGGUAAACUGAAUGAACUUGAUGAUAAUGGAGACCUGGCCUUGGAUCUGGCACUGUCUCGACAGCUGGAAAGUAUUGCAACCACAUUGGUUAAUAACAAGGCAGAUGUUGAUAUGGUUGAUAAGAACGGCUGGAGUUUGCUUCACAAAGCUAUCCAAAGAGGUGAUGAGUUUUCAGCUAGUUUCCUAAUUCGAAAUGGUGCUCGUGUGAAUGCAGCUACAUAUGGAGAGCAGGAGACACCUCUUCACCUUGUGGCCUCAUACAGUCUAAAAAAGCAUUCAGUAGAAGCAAUGGCAGGAAUGGCACGUAUUGCACAAGCACUGUUGGAAACAUCAGCCAAUUCGAACAUGCAGGACAGCAAAGGACGGACACCUUUACACACCUCUAUACUGGCAGGCAAUGAGUAUGUUUUCACACAGCUGCUGCAAUGUAAACAAUGUGACCUGGAGCUGAAGGACCAUGAAGGAAGUACAGCACUAUGGUUAGCACUCCAGGAUAUAACAGUGGACUCUGAUCAGUCGGUGAACCCAUUUGAUGAUGUUCCAGUUGUGAAUGGCACCUCAUUUGAUGAGAAUAGUUUUGCGGCAAAACUUAUUAAGCGGGGUAGUAAUCCGGAUGCUCCCGAUGCAAAAGGGAAUUGUCUAAUGCAAAGAGCGUCGGAGACUGGCAAUGAAGCUGCUGCACUCUUCCUGGUUGCUCAUGGGGCUAAGGUUAACCACACCAAUCACUUGGGUGAAACUCCCCUCCACACAGCGUGUCGUCGUGGCCUGGCGAAUCUCACAGUAGAACUACUGCAGCAUGGAGCGAAUCCUAACAUCCAGACCAAGCGACCACUUUCUGUUAGUACAGGUGUGUCGCAAGACUCAAUGGACAGUCUCUCCCUGCAGACACCGCUUCACAUGGCAAUAGCACACAAUCAUCCUGAUGUGGUGUCGGUGAUACUGGAGCAGAAAGCAAAUGCACUUCAUGCAACCAGCAACCUACAAAUCAUUCCUGACUUCAGUCUCAAAGAUUCAAGAGAUCAAACAGUCCUUGGGCUGGCUCUUUGGACAGGCAUGCAUACAAUCGCAGCUCAGUUGCUGGGUUCAGGGGCUGCCAUUAAUGACUGCAUGUCAGAUGGUCAGACUCUAUUGCACAUGGCAAUUCAGAGACAAGACAGCAAGAGUGCCCUCUUCCUCCUUGAGCACCAAGCUGAUAUAAAUGUUCGAACCCGUGAUAGUGAGACAGCUCUUCAAUUGGCCAUCAAGAACCAGCUGCCGCUUGUGGUUGAUGCCCUCUGUACCCGUGGUGCAGAUAUGUCCGUACCAGAUGAGAAGGGGAGUGCACCACUGUGGUUAGCCCUGGAGAGUGGACUUGAGGACAUUGCCUCCACCUUGGUUAGACAUGGCUGUGACGCAACAUGUUGGGGUCCUGGACCUGGGGGUUGUAUGCAGACUCUGUUGCAUCGAGCUAUUGAUGAAAAUAAUGAAAACUCUGGCUGUUUCCUCAUUCGCAGCGGGUGUGAUGGAAACAGUCCAAGACGACCAGGUCCCAAUGGUGAAGGUGAUGAGGAGGCACGUGAUGGACAGACACCAUUGCACAUGGCAGCAAGCUGGGGUCUUGAAGAAAUAGUGCAGUGCCUUCUGGAGUUUGGAGCUAACGUAAAUACUCAGGAUGCCGAGGGAAGGACUCCGAUCCACGUUGCCAUUAGCAACCAGCACGGUGUGAUCAUUCAGCUUCUGAUCUCCCAUCCUGAUAUCCGGUUAAACGUACGGGAUCGGCAGGGUCUCACACCGUUUGCCUGUGCUAUGACCUACAAGAACAACAAGGCCGCGGAGUCUAUCCUCAAACGGGAGCCAGGGGCAGCUGAACAGGUUGAUAACAAGGGACGGAACUUCCUUCAUGUUGCUGUACAGAACUCUGACAUCGAGAGUGUGCUCUUCCUGAUUAGUGUGCAGGCGAAUGUGAACUCACGAGCGCAAGAUGCAUCCAAGCUUACACCGCUGCACCUGGCAGUACAAGCAGGCUCUGAGAUAAUAGUCCGCAAUUUGCUGCUUGCAGGGGCCAAGGUGAAUGAGCUAACGAAACACCGUCAGAAUGCUCUCCACCUGGCAGCUCAACAAGACUUGCCAACUAUCUGCUCGGUGCUUCUGGAGAAUGGUGUGGAAUUUUCUGCUGUUGAUGAGAAUGGAAACAAUGCUCUUCACUUGGCAGUUAUGCACGGACGCCUGAAUGUAGUGCGGGUCCUUCUAACCGAAUGUAGUGUUGAUGCUGAAGUCUUCAAUCUGAGGGGGCAGUCACCUAUGCAUGUCUUGGGACAUUAUGGGAAGGAAAAUGCAGCAACUAUCUUUGAGCUUUUCUUGGAAUGUAUGCCCGACUACCCACUGGAUAAGCCAGAUUCCGAAGGUAACACAGUCCUGCUCUUGGCUUACAUGAAGGGAAAUGCCAAUUUGUGUCGGGCCAUUGUUCGAGCUGGAGCGCGUCUGGGAGUUAACAACAAUCAGGGGACCAACAUCUUUAAUUACCAGGUGGCCACCAAGCAGCUACUCUUCCGGCUCCUAGACAUGCUGUCCAAGGAGCCUCCAUGGUGUGAGGGCUCAAAUUGCUUUGAGUGCAUUUCCAAGUUUGGAGUUACCAUGCGGAAACACCAUUGCCGCCAUUGUGGACGACUACUCUGUCACAAGUGUUCGCAGAAAGAAAUUCCCAUCAUCAAGUUUGAUUUGAACAAGCCUGUGAGGGUGUGCGACAUUUGCUUUGAUGUGCUGACACUGGGUGGUGUUUCUUAGUAUUUUGUUGGAGUUGCCAUUGCAAUUAGUGUUUUAGCAACACUACACAGAGCUUUUCCAGCAGUGGGGAAACUCAAAUUGGACUGGCACCUUUCGAAGAGAAGCCCAAACACUUGAGGGACUGCAUUACCUUACUCGGAUUGAAAUUAUGCUGUUUGAUUCUCUAAUGUAUUAAUGGACGCUGACGUGAAUGGGUGGAUGUAUAGCCACGUGAAUCGAUCAGAGUUGACUGCUGGUGCUUAUGGCUGGGGUUAGGUUUGACCCUAUUCUGAUUAGGGUUGUGUGGUAGAAAUAUUCCAGACCUGGGGGCACUUCAUGCUAACACUCUCUCCAGUUUCUGGUCUCAUUUUGUACUUUCUUUUAAUCCAGUUCAUUAAUCAUAGAUAACAUUUUUUUUCCCAUUCCCAACUCUAUUCAUAGGUUUUGUCCAAUGUCAGCUUGAUACAGCAAAAGAUGUCAAAACUUGACACAAUAUAGACAGACUGGUUUGGGACUGAGGGUGAAGGCAAAUAACAACUUGAGGGAUUUGACUGUCUUUUCUUUCCUUAUGUAGACUCUACCUGGUAACUGUGCCUCAGUUUGAUUUGUCAAGUUUCUGAUCUGCGUAGAUCAUCUGAUCAUAGAUGACCGCAGCUGAAUGUAUGAAUCCUUGGUUUGGAUCUCUACAAGAACAAACUUAGUAACACUAAUUUAGAACAAUGUUUUAUUACCGAUAGAUGUGUUUGUGCAUUUAAAAAGGGAAGUGCUGCCUGUUUUGACCAAAUGAAUGGUCAUGUACAUGAUAGAAUAUGGUCUCUUUUAAACUGGAAUGAGAGAGCAAACUUUUUAAAAAUCUUCAUGUAGCCUUUGGCAAUCUUGUUGUACAAACAGUACUUUACAGUGGCUUAUGAACUUCCCAGUUUUAGUUCAGUUUUGCCUGAAUGUCCAUUGUAUGGAGCAGUACAUGCAGCACUAACUCAGUUUGCAACUUGUCCUAAUGUCACUUAAUGCUGAUAAUUGUGUUCCACCAGGCAUCCGGGGGGUGGGGGGUGAAAUGGCUACUGCUCACUGCAGGCCCUCUGGGGGAAACCAAAACAAGUUGGACCUCUUUCUUUAACUAGCUGGUGCUGGGCACGCACACAGGGUCUCUGUCUAAAAUAGACUAGGAAGCCCUUUUUAGUUAUGCUGUGUAAAUAGAUGUUCCUGGAGGGUAAAGUGUUAAAUUUGGACCACAGUUCUAACUUGUGUUGUUACAAUGGUUAAAGCACUAUUCUAAGGAUUGCCACUUGACAGUCGUCAAAAUUGUGUGAAAUAUUUUCAGACUACCAAUUCCUGUAUUUUAUGCAUUUUGUACUGUGCUAUAUAAUGCUUCAAGAUAUUUUGAUAAUGUUCUGCUUUAUGGCAUUGUAUCUUGAUCUGUUCAGGUAUAAAGCCUGUUGCUGCAAGUGAAUGUGUGACCAGCUGAAAUUCUGCAUUCACAUCCACUGUAUAAUUCUGCACUGUACUGUGUGUAUGUUAUUGCUUGUUUCUGCUCCAGCGAAUGGGAUGAAGGCUAAAUCCAACCUUUUUGGAAGAGUUUUUGUUUCUGUUCUUGGUCAAGGUCAGCAACUGUUGGAUACACAUUCCAUUUAUUCUGAUGUUGGUGCAUUUGUGAGCAGAGCCGAAUAAUGUAAUGAAGCUGAUCUGAAUAAACUAAGAUAUUUGGCUAACAAUGAUUACUACUCUGAACCAAAUGAGCUGUCAGAGGCCAUUUGUGUGUUGUGUUGAGUGAACAAUGUGCCGUUGGUGGAUUUAUUCCAAAGGGAAAUUUAAUCUCACUCUGGGCCAGAUUUCAAGCCAUUCUCCUUUUAUAUGUAUUGUGACUGGGCCAGUGUUUUAGCGUCCUGUGAGCGAGUUGACUUUACAGCACCAACUCGCCUAUCGUUAUUUCCAGCUGGGAUUUAGCAGCAGAUAAAUCAAGGGACGUUCAGUUCUUAGAGAGCCCCUGACAGUGCAGGUCAUUUUUGACAUCUGAAUAUUGUAAGAGAUCAUGUUUUUGUAGACCAACUGAGUUUCAAGUAGAUCAUUUUUCCAACUCACCCUGGCACUUUAGCAAUUAACAUUCAUAUAUUUCGACUAACAACAAUGAGAAACAAUGUGAAGAUGCUCAUAGAGAGAUCUCCUUUUGUCAUUAUAUUUUUUAAAUGUCUUAAAUCUCAUUCCAGCCAGCAUUCCUUCCUUGAUCUGUGUUGAAGAUUAGUCAAUCAAACUUUUCUUAAAUUGUGAUUACAGAUUAGAGUAGCUUGUUUGGAAUUGCUUUUAAAGCAGAAUUUGAAAGGGCUGUGAUUCUUUAGUCAGUAAUGGUGUACGUGGUGGAAUUAGUUUUCAGGCUGCUUUUAUGCCAUCUCCGGUCACAUACCUGUUUACACCAGCAGGCAGACUUAAUUAUGAUCCUGGAGGUCUGUAAUUACUUGCGGGGAGUCAAGUUGCACCAAAAGCACCAACAUCUUAUGCCAUCUCCUCUUGCUGCUGCCUGUGCAGUUGUAUUUGAGUCUGUUUUCUGUGUAAUGUGACUUUUAACCCAUUGAGAGUUGUGUUGCUGGCAUCUAGACAUUGAUGCUAGAACUUGGAAAAUUUAGCACUUUUUGAAUAAAACCACUUGGGUAAAAUGUAGUUCAACAGCCUGAUUUUUAAAAAAAAAAAAAAAAAAGAAUUCAGUGAAACCUGUUUAGUUCUAGUAGCGAGCACUCAAUGGGCUAAGAUUCAUUCCAGACCUUAACCCUAUUUAAUUAUCCAUUAUUCAGUAUUAGAAUUAUGUUUUAGUAAUACCUAAUUUUUUGCACUAACAUGAACCUAUUGCACAGAAUUGUCUUUAUAAGGUGUAUGUAUACUUGUUUAUGGUGUAUGUGGAUAAGUCUGUACAGCAAUGUCAUUGAAGAGUACCCAAGAUGUUGCUGGCAGUAAUGCUUAGAGAAAUGAUGAUCGAUAUAGUUUGGUAACAAACUGUGUACUUAUACAGUUGCUAGGGUUAAAAUCUGUAAUGGACAGUAAUAGCCAAAGGUGGAUCACUCUCACAUGAGGCUUAGGCCAGAGAUGCAUUAUUUUAAUGGCAGCAGCCUGUGCCCCUAUGAAAUGAGUGUAUAUUGGAAACCACUAUAUACCUAGGCAGCCGCAGUGAGGGAUGUAGCUGUACUUAUAAGACGGACAUUACAUUACAUUACAAUACAAUGGUAAAAUUU